AUGAAUAUCCUACUUCUUGCUUUACUGUCUCUUGCCACACCGAUCCUUGUCGGCGCCCUCCCUACGAGUCUUGUCUCCGAGUCGCGCAGUGUGUCUCAAGCACUCUUCAACUCUCUCGAAGAGCUUGCCCGCAUCGUCGACAUCGCCUAUUGCGUAGGUCUGACCGGCAUUCACAAGCCGUUCCAAUGCCUCAGUCGUUGUGAUGACUUCAGGGGUUUCGAGCUGGUCUCUACCUGGCAUACUGGCCUUCUCUUGGCUGAUUCCUGCGGCUACAUCGCGCUCUCCCACCCUCCUCACCCGAAACGUAUCAUCGUUGCAUUUCGGGGCACAUACUCUAUUGCAAACACUAUAGCCGAUCUGUCGACGAUACCGGCAGAAUUUGUGCCGUUUCCAGCUGACGGGGGGGCAGGAGAUGGGAUUUGUGCUUCAGCAAUUCAGGAUAAGAGAUCAUUUACAGUCCAGGAAAGAGGGAGCGAUGAGCCUCCGCUGGAGGAUAAAUGCGAAAAUUGCACGGUCCAUCUGGGUUUCAUGACAUCCUGGAAGAAUACCCGGUGCAUCAUUAUUCCACAUAUCGAGAAAGCAUUGGACGAAUACCCCGACUAUCAGCUCACCUUGGUUGGACAUUCUCUUGGUGGUGCGGUCGCCGCCCUGGCCUCACUAGAGUUCCAAGCAAGGGGUUGGGAGCCUGUGGUCACCACCUUCGGUGAACCACGUAUUGGCAAUCAAGCCCUGAGUUCGUACAUUGACAAACACUUCAGCUUGUCAAAUCAGGACUCGGCAAGGCAUAGGUAUCGUCGAGUCACACACGCAAAUGAUCCAGUGCCGCUCUUACCGCUCGAAGAAUGGGGUUACACAGCGCAUGCAGGAGAGGUCUUCAUAUCCAAGUCCGACCUGCCGCCUACUGUGGCAGAUUUGCAGCACUGCGACAGCGACGCAGAUCCUCGGUGUAUCGCUGGGCCGAAUGACUCGGUCAUCCAUGCCAAUACCAGCUUACAAGAACGAUACGCAUGGCACAUCCCAACCCGCUACAGGCUCUGGGAGCUGUUUUUUGCUCACCGGGACUAUUUCUGGCGAUUAGGGUUAUGUGUUCCGCACUCACCACCUCCUAACCACGAUAUCAGCAUCAAACCAAACCAAACCCAACCCCACCAUGUCCUCUUCUUCCUCCGCCUCCCCGCCACCUAUACCACAGAAGAGCGCGAGCUCUCGCUGAUCUCGAAACUGUCGCUGCGCCUCGCCCUCGCCCAGACGCCGGCCCAGCUCCAACCGCUCCUGACGGCCUACCUGGCGCCGUUGCUGCUGAAGCUGGCCUCUGGGCACGCGAGCGUGCGCCAGAAGACGCGCGAGGCGUGUCUGGGCGUCGCGAGGGUGCUGCGCGGCGAGCCCGGCACCAGCGUGCAGCUGCCGGUGCAGCUGCCGCUGCCGAGGCUGUUGGGGCAGUUUAGGGAGUUCGCGUCGUCGUCGUCAGCGGGAGGAGGAGGGGAGGGCCAGGAUCUGAGGGACGAGGUGAGGAGGUUUGGCUUGGUGUUUAUUGGCGUCGGGUUGGCGAGGUGGCGGGCGCAGGGUGGUGGAGGGGAGGAGGGGGUGAGGGAGGAGAGGGAGUUGGUGGGGAGGCUGCUCGCUCUGCCUAUGCCUCUGCCUCUGCCUCUUUCUCGGUCCUUGUCCUCGUCUACCUCCGAUCGCGCUGGCGAGACUAUGACGACUACGGGCAGCGGAGAGGCCUACGACGGCGACGUACAGGUCAGGAUACGAGAAGAGCUCAUGACGCUCGAUACCCGCCUCUACAUCCAAGGCUUCUAUUUCCUCCUCAGACUCCUACCGAUAUGGGCUGCUUCCUUCCCCGAACGCGGCUCAAAAGAAGACCUCGAACUGAAAACCACCCUCAAUCUAUCCCCGCGCGAAACCAGUUUUCUAGCCAAAUGGCUGUCGAAAUUCCUCCUCGCGGACGCCCAGGCCUUUGCCGCCCCCAAGAAACCCACUAAUCAAGACUCGAACACCGAUGCGGAGACCGAGAUCCUCCCCGCCCUACCCGGCCUCACCGCCGCAGAACGCUCCAUCUUCGCGGCCUGGGCGGCCACAAAGCGAGAAUCGACCAAGUCCGCCGCAGAGUUUGAAGCCUUGAUCACCCAGACAAAGAUCGCCGUCGCAAAGUUUCUGUUCACGGCCGUCUUUACCGACGAAGAACGCUUCUUACCUGCCGUGAUCAUGGGCGCGGAUGAUACGAAUCUGGGACUGUUUCGGGUUGCGGACACGAUGUUCAAGCAGUGUGAUUUCGAUCUAAAGUCGGAGAGGGCGGUGGAGGAGCUUUUUGAGUCGUAUUUUGGGAUGGGUGGCGGGGCUGUUAACACGGAUGGUGGUGUGUAUGGGGAGAAGAUGGAAAUUGUUGCUGAUGCUGACGAGCAGCAACGGCAAGUGGAAGUCAAGGAGACUCAGUGGUCGCUCCCAGCAAAACCGAAACUGCGGAUCCGGAUUCUGGGGUUAUUAGCUAAGAGCAAGCGGGCCACGAUGAAUACCAGGGCGAUUGUGAAGAUGAUUGAUCAGCAGUUUGUCGACAAGGUCACUGAUUUCGGUCUGGAAGCGACGAAGCUAAGGACUGCACUGUUCAAUUUCUUGAAUUGGGCUUCGAGGGUUGCUUCUGAGGCGGACGUUCUGGCUAUUGCUCCACAGGCGCUCGAGGGAUUCAGAGACUAUAUCAUGCAUCAGGGAUGGCCCAAUCCGGAUGAGGUUACCGGAAAGCCGUUGUCACGACCUGAACUGGAAAUGAGAGGCAAAGCAUAUGAGAGUAUUGGGAUCUGGGCUGCGAGGAUGGAUGUUGCUCCAGACUUGGAUCCUCCUGGCAUUGGACAAGAAGUCGCCAAGAUGCAGCUCGUGAGGUUUUUGUUCACCAGUUUACGAUGCGACGCAUCUAGUCCGGACAUCCAAGUCUCGAUCGAAUCUGCGCUGGGCCGUGUGCUCAACAGACUAGCGGCAUCAAUGGACGAGAGCAUGACAAGCGAGCUGCGGACUCUAUUGACCAACCAAAUCAAUACCGAGGUAGGAGACGUCAAUAGCGAGGAUGGAUACAAAACAGUGAGGAGCACCAAAUUUGCCGCUGUCCGGUUUGCCAAUCGUUGUCUUCCAUUCUCGGAUUGCCAAGCGCGGUGGAUGGAUCUGCUGGCGAUAGGUGCCGGCUCAGUUGGCCAAAGACAGGAGCUAGUUGAAGAGGGCACGAAAGGCCUUGACCCGUACUGGUGGUCUACGUUGAAUGGCCUGCAAACAACGGCAAACGAAUUGAUUUUCCCAAGAUUCGAGGAACUUGUGGAAUACUUCUUUGGCGGUGCGAAUGGCGAGAACAUGCUCCGAGAGCCACGACAAGAGUAUCGAUUCGCGCUCCCACAUGCUGUCGCGUUCUGCCGCAACGUCCUUCUUCGAGAGACUCUCCUGUCGGCAGGUCUGCCGGUUUCGGCUGAGUCGGACUGGGAGAAGAAGCUGGACGCACUUGUGGCAACGGAUGACAAUGUCAGAUCGACAGUUCGGAAUCAUCUGAGAAAGGUCGUUUUGUCUCCUUUGACGACUCUGCUCGAUGCUGCUCUAACUGGCAUGUCACUAGAUCUAGGGCGAUGUCCCGAAUUUGCUACUGAAAUGGGUUCCUUGGUCCCCGAUCAUGUUAUUAGAGGUAUGCUCGACCGCGUGACGAUUAUCAAGCCAACAAGUGUUUCGAACAAUCUUGCCAUACAGCUUCCAGCUGCAAGACUUCUUGGGAUAUUCAUGUCGCAUGCUGAUUAUACAAAGCUGGACCGUGACCAGUUCAUUCGAGGCGCUCUGACCAAGAUUCAUGGUUGGAGAGAUGCUGUUGGUCAGGAUGUUAAUCGUAUCAGGGGCCAUCUGCUGUGUGUGACUUUUAUUCUUAGCAGACAAGCUAUGCGCCGCACGCUGCCAGCCGAAGAAGAUAAUAUUUCAGAAUUUGUGAAGCUUGUCCUUGAGCUGAUAGUGGAAGCAAGAGAUGUUGCUCUCCGAAAUGCAGCUCACAUAUCUCUUGGCCAGUUGAUGUUGUGUUUCGGCAGGACUACUCUCACCAAGCUAGAUCUACAGCCAGAGAGCGUCAUGGAACAGCUUUUGAAAGAUUCUAAGAAGGAACAAGAAAGUGCUGUGGUUGCGCUGGGUCGAUUCGUUCGAGGGAUCAGUGGUGACCAGAAAUUGAGCGGGACGACUCAGCAGGCACUGAAAAAUCUGUACACGCUCCACGAAAUCAAACGCCCCGAAUUACAAUUCGCGGUUGGAGAAGCCUUAUCCGUCGCUGCAGCAGGUUGGCAUUCAAAAGCGACAAUUGCAGAAUUCGACCUCGAUGUUGCACGACCAGCACAAAGCGUGGACGAAGUUAUGCUCGAGCAGAUGCUGGAUAAAAUCAUUGAUGACUGCAAAAAUACCAAGCCCUCACUGAAGAAAGCAUCUGCCAUCUGGCUGCUAUGUCUGAUUCAAUACGUGGGCGAUGAAAAAUGUGUGAAGUCUCGCCUCCGCCAAUGUCAAGCUGCCUUCGCAAGUUUGCUUUCUUCUAAAGACGAGAUCGUUCAAGAAACAGGCUCUCGAGGGCUUGGCCUAGUGUACGAGAUGGGAGAGAAGAAUCUAAAGGACGAUCUGGUUCGUGACCUGGUUGCUUCGUUUACAGGAAGCAAUGCAAAGUUAGGAGGAACCGUGACCUCGGAAACUGAACUUUUCGACGCGGGCGCCCUACCAACAGGAGACGGAUCAGUAACCACCUAUAAGGACAUUGUGAGCCUUGCUGGCGAAAUGGGCGAUCCCAGCCUAGUAUACCGAUUCAUGAACUUGGCAUCCAACAACGCAAUCUGGACGAGCCGAUCUGCCUUUGGCCGCUUCGGGUUGGGAAACGUCCUUGCAGAUUCUGCAUACUUGGCUGAGAACAAAAGCUUUUACCCCAAGCUUUAUCGUUAUCGUUUCGAUCCGAAUCCGAAUGUGCAGAAGUCCAUGAACGAUAUUUGGAAUGCGCUGGUCAAGGAUUCCAAUGCGGUGAUUGAGCAGAAUUUUGGUCUGAUUAUAGAGGACCUCCUGAAGAGCGUUGUCACAGGAAAAGAGUGGAGAGUGAGACAAGCAAGUUGCGCAGCUAUUGCAGAUAUCAUUCAAGGGAGAGACGUUGACAAAUAUGAACAGUAUCUCAGCGAGAUAUGGACAAAGGCUUUCAUGGUGUUGGAUGAUAUCAAGGAAACAGUGCGAGUCGCAGCAAUGAAUUUGUGCAGGACCCUGACCAACCUUCUGAUACGCAAUCUCGAGGUUGGCGAGGGAGCAACGAAGCGAGCGCAGAAAAUGCUGGACAAUGCAAUGCCAUUCUUACUGCAGCAACUUGAGUCUGGAGCCGCAAAAGAAGUUCAAGAAUAUGCAAUCAAAACUCUUCUGAAGGUGAUUAAGAAGAGCCCUCCAAAGGCAUUGCAACCAUACGCACCUAUUAUACUGGAGAGUCUGAUAAAAUCGUUGACUUCUCUCGAGCCAGAGGCUAUCAACUAUGUUCACAUGAACGUGGAAAAGUAUGGCCUUACCACAGAGAAACUGGACAGCUUGCGGGUAUCAGGAGUGAGCUCGUCGCCUGCCAUCCAGGCUAUUGAGCGGUGCCUCGAGAGCCUCGACGAGCAGGGCAUGCCAGAAGCCAUGAGAAGACUCGAGGCUUCCUUCAAGACUGUGAUCGGUUUGCCAUCCAAAGUCGGCCUCAGCAGCGUCUUGGUCACCUUAACAGUACAACAUAAUAUGAAGUUUCGUCCAUAUGCAGAUCGAUUUGCACAGCAACUACGCAAACAUCUCUUCGAUCGCAACGAGACAAUUACCAACUCGUACUGCCUGGCCUUAGCGUACGUGUUGAGGAUUGCGACAGAUAAGGAAGUGGAAGAGACAUCUCGCUUCGCCAAGAAUCUGUACUUUGCCUCCGAUGAGACCGGACAUCGUCAUGUCGCAGGAGAGAUCGUGCAUGCAGUAUCCAAAGUCUCGAACGACAGGUUCAUGACAUUUGCUUCAGCAUUCCUCCCAUUUGCAUUUAUUGGUCGCCACGACAUCGACGUGCAGGCUAGAGAGCCAUUCCGGAAGGCUUGGGAAGAAAAUGUCGGAGGCCCUAGAGCAGUCUCCUUGUAUCUCAUGGAUAUUAUUGAUCUUGCCCAACACAUCGACUCGCCCAAAUGGGGCAUCAAGCACACUAUAUCAUCUGCAAUAGCUAAUUUGAUUGUCGCUCUCGAUUCUGCAGUUGAUGGAAAUUAUACCUCGCAGCAGGCAGCGGCUAUAUGGCCUCUCCUGGAGAAGGCCCUGGGCGGAAAGACGUGGGAUGGCAAAGAAGCUGUAGUGGACGCAUUUCCGAUAUUUUUCAAGAAAGCUCAGACCCUAUGGGAAAGCAAGGGUGACCAGGUUGAGAAAGUUGCUUUACGCGAGGCAAAACGCACCAACCCUGCAUAUCGAUCACACGGCAUCACUGCACUAGGAGAGAUUGCACAUAUUCGCGGGAGCCUAGAAUUGGCCGAAAAAGUGCUAACAGCAAUGGAAGACAUUGUGAGAGAAUCGUUAGAAUCUUCAAAAGACAGAAUGGAGAUAGAUGCGGGUGAAGCUUCGCUAGACUCCGAAGCGAAGAGCGAUGCAAGUCUUGAUAAGAUAUUGUCCGCCGUGAUAGCAUGUUGCUUCAAAGCAGUACCAGUCCCGAAGGGUGAGGGAGCCCAGAGUGACACUUGGAGAAUGUUGAUCACCAUUCUGGAACAAUCACUGCCAAUAGGCUCCAGAUUGAGCUACAUGGCAACAUAUGAGGGAAUAAAAACAUUUUUCGCCAAGUUCACGGAGUCAUCUCUACGUCAAGAGAAUAAUAUGGUGGUAAGUCGAGCAAUGACCAUCUCUGCGGAUGCCAGAGGGGUGAAGAUUAUCAAAGACUUAGCGACGCUUUUGCUCCCGGUUUCUCCCCCUGACGGCCAGCGGCGCCUUCCGCCAUAUCUGCCGGAAAAUAGUAAUACCGAGGCUGUCCGAAUGGCACGUGCUCAAGCGCUCCUGGCUUAUGCAUCCUGCCCCUUCCCGGAUGUGCAGGAGAACGAGAAAGCCUCGAUGGCGGUGACGGCGUGGCUUGACAACGAGCGGUCUGGCCCAGUUCGUAAUGUGCUACACGAGGCACAUGCAUCUCUGACAAAGCAAAGGGAGAACAGGCCUUCACCUGGCGGCAGUUGA